UGCCGGUGCUGCUACUGUCUCUCCGUCGGUAAAGAGCAGCUGCAGUCUUGUCGGGUCGGUAUUUCAGUGCAGUUCUUGAGAUAAACCGGUAUAGUGUGUAGAGUGGGUUAAUAGUCGUGUGAUGUGUGAUUCUAAAUAACUUUUCAGAACCGAUAAACAUUGUGAAAAUCAUAAAUCAUCAUUAUUAAACAAGAAAAAAAAUGACAGAUGUGUGCUUGAUCAACUGACACAAAAAAAUCAAUUGUGGAAAGUGUACUUUAAAACAAUGAAAAAAACUCGCUGCAAACAAGGGGAAGAAUCUUGGUCGGAGUUUCUGCGGGGAGGCAUCAUAACCACACCUAUUUGUCAACGUUAAGAGCUUCUUCCGCACAUUCUUCAAAGGCAGCCGCUGCUGGCGCAUAGAAGAAAAAAGAAAUAAAAAACCUGGAAUACUGAAUGGGACGUGAUAAAGCGAAAAGAAGCAGCAGUAGUUUAUUAUUUAUAUAUGCUUUAUGAACUUCGUGUCUCGAGUGUGGUGUAAAUUUCAAAUAUUACUUUGUGAGGGAAGAAAGAGAAUGGUUCGAGAAGACUAACACAAAUGGAUAUAUGAAUAAGAACAUUUUGUUCUGAACUGUGUGUGAGUAAAUUUCUCUCGUUUUCUCCGAGAGGUGGAGCUAAAGUUUCAACAUGAACAAACACUGGAAGCUGAAAGUAGAGAUGCAAUGUAACAUUCAACGAAAUUAGGAUAACAUCUGCUAGCAAACGGUGCUCCAGCCAGAAAAGGAGCCUAAGCUGCCUCCGUGUUUCAUUACAAAGUUCUUUAGAGUGUAGAUCGACGAAAAAAUCAACACAUUGACAAUUUCACUUUGACUCCGCCCCCUUUUCGCAGUUCUGAAGCUAUAUCUGCACGAACACUUUCAAACACUAAACACUGUACGCCACGACUGGGCGUAUUCAUUCUGACCAUCGAAAAAGAGAGCGCCGAUAAUAAUAUGGCGUCAUUAGCUCUCACGGUGCGCGUUUCGAGUGGCAACCGAACUCUCUCGCGAUAGACGUAUGAGAGAGUUUAUGUACUUCUGUAUUAGUGAGCGGCGUGAUUUUAGAAUCUUUUGACUGAACCGGAACCGAAACUACUCCGACGACAGCAACAGCAGGGAAGAUUUAACCCGCGAGACGAAACGAACUAGUCACAACAAAUGCCAUCACCUGUGGGGCCACUCUCGGUUCCAUAUCACUGUUAAGCCGAAUACAAAUGGAAGGAUUUUUUUACGAGCCACUAAAACCCCCUCUUAUGGAUGGAUCACAGUGGAGACGAUGCGACGUAAAACGUGGCGUGGCGUGGCGUGGCAUGGCGUGCGGUGGUCCCACGUGCACACCACGAUUCGCACUUGCGACCGAGAGUUGCUCCAUAAUCGUAACUUUCAAUUAGGCCGUAAACCCAAUAUGGGAGAAGACGAAUUUACUGCGCGUCCUUUGCGCUGUCUUAGCUGAAGCAGCAGCAGUAGUAGGUACUAGCAAGCGGUGGAGAGUGUCUUCUGUGGUGGAAAAGCUAGUGAAAAAAUUAGCGGUACUUGAGAUGUACGUGGGGAUAUGUGCGUCUUUAGCACUACAUGAGAAAAGUGUAUGUAUAACGAUUUCCCAUCGAAACCACCGCCGCCUAUGUGCUUCUCCGUUAUGUGCGAGCUUACGUGAAAAUCUAGCCAACUAACUUAUCAGCCGAAUAUUAAGUGGCCGCUGUGUAUCGUCGCAGCUUUGUAUGUGAUUAGAUGCGUUUUCGCACCACCUGUCCGACGCAUACCACCCUCCCGAACCGAAACCGCUGCUACUGCUUGCUACCGAUUGCGAAGGUUUUCGAUUCCACCGCGAGCUAGCACCGGACCGGAGUUCAUCUCAGCUUUUCCUUCGCGCCAUGCGUUAGUUUAGAGUUAAAUCUCGGCGCGCGCGCAACUAAGCACCCCAAAAAUAAAAAAUACGACCCAAAAAAAGGGCAGCUGUUUGUUUGUUUCUUGGUGAAAUAACCCCGACAGGCGAACACCCGGACGGAUCACGAUGGAAGCCUACGCGGUGGGCAGUGUGCUGCUGGCAUCGAAAAUAGCCACCAUUUUCCGAGUUUUAUCACCCAUUACGACAGUCGUACUGCUGAUUACAGUCUGUGGGAUCUACACGUACAGGAGACGGCGCGCCUACCUGGUGCAUCACAUUAACAAGCUGCCCGGUCCGUACAUGAUCCCGCUGAUCGGAAAUGGGCUGCAGGCCACGCUGGGUGCUAAGGAUGAGUUCCUCGACCGCGUGGUUGGCGCACAGAAGCUGUACGGCCGCCGAAUCGGUCUGAGCCGCGUUUGGAACGGGCCCAUUCCCUAUGUGAUGAUCUCCAAGGCGAGUGCCGUUGAGCCCAUCCUAAGCAACCCGAAGCUAGUGGAAAAGAGUGCCGAUUACGAAUUUCUGAAACCGUGGCUAGGCAACGGCUUGCUGACAUCUCCCGCCAGUGUGUGGCACCCGCGGAGGAAAGCACUAACACCUGCAUUCCACUUUAAAAUUCUUUCGGAUUUCGUACACAUUUUCCACAGGCAGAGCCUUAUUUUUCUGGAAAAACUAGGCGAACAGCUUGACAACACCGACGGCUUCAAUAUUGUCCCAAUGGCGACACUAUGUGCGUUGGACAUUUUCUGUGAAACGGCCAUGGGUUGCUCGGUACACGCACAAAACAAUUCCGAUUCCGAAUACGUUCGAGCACACAAACAAAUCGGAAAAAUCAUCCGCAACCGCUUGCAGAAAGUCUGGAUGCAACCAGACUUCAUCUUCAAGCUAACCGACGAAUACCGAAAACACCAGGAGUGUCUCGCCGUGCUGCACGAAUUCUCCGACCGUGUUGUACGGGAACGUAAGGCCGAACUGAUAAAACGUCGCCAGAACUCGGAAACGGCCGUCGAUCUUAACAACAACUCCCCUGCAGAAGAAGACGACCAUGGAUCACGUAAAAAGCAGCUAGCCUUUCUAGAUCUACUGAUCGAGGGUUCGCUCGAUGGGAACGGAUUGUGUGACGUAGCUAUCCGAGAGGAAGUCGACACGUUCGUGAUAGGUGGACACGAUACCACGGCAGCCGCUAUAUCGUGGAUUCUUUUGCUUUUGGGUUCGGAUCAGACGGUUCAGGAUCGUGUUUUCGAAGAGAUCGAUCAAAUUAUGGGUGGAGAUCGGGACCGGAUACCGACGAUGCAAGAGCUCAGCGAGAUGAAGUUCCUCGAAUGUUGCAUCAAGGAAACUCUUCGGCUAUAUCCAAGCAUACCGCUCAUCGCUCGUCGUUUGACGGAAGACGUACGAGUUCAAGACUACACCAUUCCUGCCGGUACAAACGCUAUGAUAGUGGUCUAUCAGUUACAUCGAGAUCCAACGGUUUUUCCCAAUCCGGAUAAAUUUAAUCCGGACAACUUUCUGCCAGAGAACUGCAACGGGCGGCAUCCGUACGCAUACAUCCCAUUCAGCGCUGGACCGCGUAACUGCAUCGGACAAAAGUUCGCGAUUCUCGAAGAGAAAACCGUUAUAUCCACCGUUCUGAGAAAGUUUCGCAUCGAAGCUGUUGAACGGAGGGAAGAUGUCAAAUUAUUGGGUGAUUUAGUUCUGAGGCCCCGCGACGGACUGAAAAUCAAAGUCAGUCGAAGAUUGUGAGCUGUGACAAAAUUACCAUCUACAUUCUUACUAGAUUUUAAGUUUCAACCAUAUUCUUACCAAAAGGCAGUCUAAACUGUCUGUAAAAGGUGAUUGAACCGAGCAUGGUGCAAACAAAAUAAAAUAAACAACGCCUGCCGGUCACCACAAUAAAACCAUUCCUUUCACUUUCAUCUACAAACAUCAGAGCUGCAACUCGGAUCCGACUGCUGUCCGCAGAUCAGAGGGAUUCAUCCUUGAAAAAGAACAAAACUGAACAGCGACGCCACUCGCGGUUUCCUUAUGGUUGCCCUAAGUGUUG